UAUUGUUUUUUUUACCGAAGAUAUGCCGACUCUUACUUACAACUGGAAGCUAUUAAGUACCCCCUUUCGACCCUCAACCUUCACAAUUUCCUUCUAUGGUGCAUGUCAUGUUUAGGCCUGAUGAAUGAUUAGCGCUUGUAUUAGGGAACAAUCACCGAGAGCGAGAGUUGAACGACUCGUUUGCAUUUAUAAGUGCUGGACACUUACCCAACUUCCGGAUCACAGUUGAUCUACGUUCAAAUAGACUGACAUACCAGGGGGGGAGAAUCUUGCACUUGAAGAGAGGUAAUCUAUAGAACUCCUACUUGAGAAGAUGGCCUCGCAAGUCGGCGCUCUCAUCUCGCGCCCUCCUCCUCUCUUCGCAGCAGCCACUAUACUCCGUAUCACCAUGUCGCUAUAUGGCCUAUGGCAAGAUGCCAACUCGCCACUUAAGUACACCGACAUAGACUAUCUGGUGUUCACCGAUGCCGCACGCUUCACCUUCGCGUCUGCAUCCAAGUCGCCAUAUACUCGCGAGACCUAUCGUUACACGCCUUUAUUAGCCUGGCUUUUGUAUCCCACCACAUGGCCUGGUACCUUUUGGUUCUCGUUCGGAAAGGUGCUUUUCGCAGCGGCCGAUCUACUAGCAGGAUACUUGAUCAUCCGUAUACUGCAGGGUCCGGCGUUGCGCAUGUCUGAAGAUCGCGCGUGCAGGUAUGCAAGCAUCUGGCUGCUAAACCCCAUGGUGGCUACUAUCAGCACAAGGGGUAGCUCAGAGGGUUUGUUAGGAGUGCUGGUUAUGGCCCUGUUGUGGGCCGUAUUGGAGAAGAGAGUUGGGUUUGCAGGCGUACUACUGGGUCUUGGUGUCCACUUCAAGAUUUAUCCCUUCAUCUAUGCGCCGGCUAUCAUGUGGUGGAUGGAUGCACAACGAAUGGGCAGGAAACCGGAUUUCCAGACACAGGCAGGGAAACCUGGCCAGGUUAUAGCCUUUAUCACGCCCGACCGCGUCUGGCUUGCAAUUGUUAGCCUAACCACGUUUAUAAGCUUGAAUCUUGUCAUGUACGCGCUCUAUGGGAUGCCAUUUCUCACACAUACCUUCCUCCAUCACGUCACCCGCAUCGAUCACCGCCACAACUUCAGUCCAUACAACAUUAUACUUUACCUUACCUCGGCUCACCCAAGCUCUACCCUGGUCAAGGUUGAAUCGGUAGCGUUUUUACCACAGCUGGUCUUGUCAACGGUUUUUAUUCCUAUGGUUGGCGCGAAGAAGGACCUACCAACUACCAUGUUGGCGCAGACUUUUGCCUUUGUCACAUUUAACAAGGUCUGCACAAGCCAGUACUUCCUCUGGUAUAUGGUUUUUUUACCCUUAUAUCUACCCAACUCUUCGUUUUUCCGCAACCCGCGUCUUGGCCUAUCAGCACUUGGUCUCUGGGUUGCAACUCAGGGUCUAUGGUUACAGCAAGCUUAUAAACUUGAAUUUCUCGGCAUGAGUACAUUUGUUCCUGGACUUUUGACGUCAUCUUUGGCCUUCUUCUUGGUAAACUGCUGGGUUUUGGGAAUUAUCAUCGGCGACCUGGAUUAUAGUCCAGAACAUGCAAAGACCAGCUAAAUAUAGGGAUGGUUGACAGCGCGGAAGAUGAAGAUGCGCGUAUACCUGUAACUUAUUGUACAAGUCUUGUUUUACUAAGUAGGAAGGGAAAUGGAAUCGGAGCCGGUAAUUCACUUGGUUGAUUUGGCAUGGAAGAUAUAAUAUCAUAUAACCGUUAUAUUUAAUGACACUUCGCAAGAAGAGAGCUGCUACUACUUGACUGAUCUAGUCCAUACGUACAAAAAGGAGAAUGAGAGGCUAGUCUGUCAAUGGACCGGCGCCUUUGACUCAGGGAGGGAGAGGAAGGAUGUAUGAAAAAACCAUAGUUAUUGCUAUGCUCGCUUAUGCUAUUCUCUCGUCUCAAUGGUCAGGUUACCUUAGGCACCUUUCAUUUAUUUACGCAAUAUAUGGUAUAUUUCUGGUGGAUGUAUCA